UCAAAGAGAGCAGAAUGCUAGCUUGAUUAAUAGCAUAGUUGGGGGUCAAAUCGUGAGAAUGUAUGGGCCUAAAGCAUCAGGAAAGUCUUCUCGUGCAUGGGAUGCAAUCAUGCAACUUCAUGAACUUGGAUAUGAAUGUAUCUACGUGUCUCUUGAGGGAUGUGACGUCAGCAGCACAAUGUUCUGGUCACAUUUCAAUGGUAAAAUCGAACCCGAGGCGAAACUUCCAAAGCCCAUUAUGGAUGCCACCUCCUUCGAGGAGACCUUUGAUCGAGGGCAUGACAGAUGGAGGGGUCGUCAGGUCGUUCUCUUCAUAGAUGAAUUCGAUAAACUCCACAACGAAGGUGCAGAGCAUAACUGUGAAUGGAUGCUAGCAACAAUUAACAGCAUCAGGACUCAAAACAAAAGCGCGAUACGUUCCAUUGUCGUAAUUGGCACCUAUGCUAUUCUUUCUCUGAACCAGAAAAAUGUUUUUUUAUCACCCUUCAACGCUGAGAACUUCCAAGCCGCAAAUCUUACGAAGCAGCAAAUUCAAAAUCUCUAUAAUGAAUUUGCAACUGAAUGGGAUUUCGUUGUAGAUUCAAGUGUUGUUGAUGACAUUUUUGUACUGACUGAAGGUCAUGCAGGACUCGUUGCUAUCUGUGGCCGGUUGAUCUAUGACACAUUGAUUGAGCCUGGCUCAAAGAACGUUACUUUGGAAAACUGGAAACAAAUCACUCUACGAACUUUGGAUGAUGAAGUCCUUAAAUAUGGCACAUUCCGGAGAAUGGUCGAUGUCUUGAAAGACUCGAGAUUUAAGAAUGCUCUGGAUUUCCUUCGAUCACACUUCCUUGGGGCUUUCGACUACUAUGUACAACUAGUGGAUCCCGAACAUCUAAGAAUGGCCGGAUUCUUAGCUGCUCAAGGUGUUUUACAACCUAGUCCAACCGAAAGCGCAACAAAAUUCAGAAUGUCAUCGCCUUUAAUAGAUCUUUUAAUCCGGCGAAUGGUCAUUCCGCGGGCAUAUCCCAUCUCCUCACUGGGUAUCGUCCAUAGUCAAUAA